CACGGGAUGUUGAGUGGCUUUUGCUUCUCUGGCCAGCACUGUGGGACCGGGGUAGAAGAAACCACCGGGGUCACUUCUCCGGCUGCCUCUCCGGAAUGAGGCCUCAGCGCCCGCGCGGGACGGCCCCGUCAUUCAUCCGCGAGAGCCCAAGGAGAGGCCGAAGCCGAGAAGAUGCCUGGGAAGCUGAAGGUGAAAAUCGUGGCUGGGCGCCAUUUGCCAGUGAUGGACCGAGCUAGUGACCUGACUGAUGCCUUCGUGGAGGUAAAAUUUGGUAAUACCACCUUUAAAACAGAUGUGUACCUCAAGUCCCUCAACCCUCAGUGGAACUCAGAAUGGUUUAAAUUUGAGGUGGAUGAUGAAGAUUUACAGGAUGAACCUCUACAAAUCACAGUUCUUGACCAUGACACUUACAGUGCAAAUGAUGCCAUUGGUAAAGUGUACAUUGAUAUUGAUCCUUUACUCUACAGUGAGGCUGCAACAGUCAUCUCAGGAUGGUUUCCAAUUUAUGAUACCAUACAUGGUAUCCGUGGGGAAAUCAAUGUAGUUGUCAAAGUAGACCUCUUCAAUGAUUUAAAUCGAUUUAGGCAGUCAUCAUGUGGAGUCAAAUUCUUUUGCACAACAUCUAUUCCAAAGUGCUAUAGAGCUGUAAUAAUUCAUGGUUUUGUAGAAGAGCUUGUAGUCAAUGAAGACCCAGAAUAUCAAUGGAUUGAUCGAAUUCGUACACCAAGAGCAUCAAAUGAGGCCAGACAGAGACUCAUUUCUUUAAUGUCAGGUGAGCUGCAGAGGAAGAUUGGUUUGAAAGUGCUUGAAAUGAGAGGAAAUGCAGUUGUUGGGUACUUACAGUGUUUUGAUCUGGAAGGCGAAUCUGGGUUAGUGGUACGAGCCAUAGGAACAGCGUGUACACUGGAUAAACUAAGUAGCCCAGCAGCACUCCUUCCUGCAUGUAAUUCCCCAUCCAAAGAAAUGAAGGAGAUUCCCUUCAAUGAAGAUCCCAAUCCCAAUACUCACUCAUCAGGACCCUCAACCCCUCUGAAAAACCAAACUUAUUCCUUUUCACCUUCCAAGUCCUACAGUCGACAGUCCUCUUCUUCUGACACAGAUUUGAGUUUGACACCCAAAACUGGAAUGGGAAGUGGUAGUGCUGGAAAAGAAGGGGGGCCAUUUAAAGCUCUUUUAAGACAACAGACUCAGUCAGCACUGGAACAAAGGGAAUUUCCAUUUUUUACCUUGACGGCAUUUCCUCCUGGAUUUCUUGUGCAUGUUGGGGGUGUUGUUAGUGCGCGCUCUGUGAAGCUUUUGGAUCGUAUUCACAAUCCUGAUGAACCAGAAACUCGAGAUGCGUGGUGGGCAGAAAUCAGACAAGAAAUAAAAUCACAUGCUAAAGCAUUAGGCUGUCAUGCUGUAGUGGGCUACAGUGAAUCAACUAGCAUCUGUGAAGAGGUCUGUAUUUUAUCUGCAUCCGGCACGGCAGCUGUACUCAACCCUAGAUUUCUGCAGGAUGGCACCGUGGAGGGCUGUUUGGAACAGAGGCUAGAAGAAAAUUUGCCUGCAGGCUGUGGAUUUUGCCACAUACCAUAUGAUGAACUGAAUAUGCCAUUUCCAGCUCAUCUCACAUACUGCUAUAACUGCAGGAAACAAAAAGUUCCUGAUGUUCUCUUUACAACUAUAGACCUCCCAAUAGAUGCAACAGUUAUUGGAAAAGGUUGUCUUAUUCAAGCAAGGUUAUGUCGCUUAAAAAAGAAAGCACAGGCAGAAGCAAAUGCCACAGCUAUCAGUAAUCUGUUGCCAUUUAUGGAAUAUGAAGUGCAUACUCAGCUAAUGAAUAAACUAAAACUCAAAGGAAUGAAUGCUUUAUUUGGACUGAGAAUUCAGAUCACAGUGGGUGAAAAUAUGUUGAUGGGCUUAGCGUCGGCCACAGGUGUGUAUUUAGCAGCUUUACCAACGCCGGGCGGCAUUCAGAUUGCUGGGAAGACUCCUAAUGACGGCUCCUAUGAACAGCAUAUUUCGCAUAUGCAAAAGAAGAUAAAUGACACAAUUGCUAAGAAUAAAGAAUUAUAUGAAAUCAAUCCUCCGGAUACAUCUGAAGAGAUUAUAGGAUCACCCAUCCCAGAACCUAGACAACGCUCAAGACUUCUAAGAUCUCAAUCAGAAAGCUCUGAUGAAGUUACAGAAUUGGACCUUUCACAUGGGAAAAAAGAUGCUUUUGUUUUGGAGAUUGAUGACACAGAUGCUAUGGAAGAUGUACAUUCUCUGCUUACUGAUGUUCCUCCUCCUUCAGGCUUUUAUAGUUGUAAUACAGAAAUUAUGCCUGGUAUAAAUAACUGGACAUCUGAAAUACAGAUGUUCACAUCAGUAAGAGUAAUCCGAUUAAGCAGCCUUAACCUGACUAAUCAAGCCCUUAAUAAGAACUUUAAUGAUCUCUGUGAAAAUUUGCUCAAGAGCCUGUAUUUUAAACUGCGGUCUAUGAUCCCUUGCUGCCUUUGCCAUGUAAAUUUUACAGUAUCUCUGCCUGAAGAUGAAUUAAUACAGGUUACAGUCACAGCAGUUGCAAUAACUUUUGACAAAAAUCAGGCUUUACAGACCACAAAAACACAUGUUGAAAAGUCAUUGCAAAGAGCCUCUACAGAUAACGAAGAACUUCUGCAGUUUCCACUGGAGCUCUGUUCAGAUUCACUUUCUUCUCAUCCUUUUCCACCAGCUAAAGAACACCUGGAGAGUGCAAGUUCUAACUCAGGUAUACCAGCUGCACAGAGAGCAACGUCAGUUGAUUACAGUUCCUUUGCAGACAGAUGCAGCAGCUGGAUAGAGCUCAUUAAACUGAAAGCUCAGACCAUAAGGCGCGGAUCAAUUAAGACAACUGUGACAGUUGAAAAAGCAAGUCCUAUGGGUGAAGGAAAUUUCCGGAACCGUGCAACUCCACCUUGUGCAAGUUCUACAGUUGGGGUUGUUAAGAUGACACCUCUUUCUUUCAUUCCUGGAGCAAAAAUAACUAAAUAUCUUGGGAUAAUUAACAUGUUUUUUAUUCGGGAAACCACAUCUCUUCGUGAGGAAGGAGGAGUCAGUGGUUUUCUCCAUGCUUUUAUUGCUGAAGUGUUUGCAAUGGUGAGAGCUCAUGUUGCUGCAUUAGGAGGGAAUGCUGUUGUCUCCUACAUAAUGAAGCAGUGUGUCUUCAUGGAGAAUCCAAAUAAAAACCAGGCGCAGUGUCUUAUAAAUGUAAGUGGUGAUGCAGUGGUUUUUGUUCGUGAAUCCGAAUUAGAAGUGGUGUCAACUCAGCAGCCUACUGCCAACUGCCAGCCAUCAUGUACUGGAGGAGAAGUUACGACCUGAAGUAAAUCAGAAAGAAAGAGCUCAACUAAAUGAAAUUCAUCUGUCUCCAUUGUUUUGUCUCUGAUUAUCUUACUGGACUUCUAAAAGUGAACUUAAUUUGAGAUAAUUAAGAAAGAAUUGGUACAUUAUGAGUAGAUUCGAUUUGUCUGGAGUCUCUUGGAGGCAUGAGAAUUUUCAAAUCUUGAUGUUUUGUUUGCCAAUCGUAGUCAGGUCCCAUGCAAUCUUGACUCCUCACUCAGUUCAGAUAGAUUUCUCAAAGAACUGCAGCAGAGAUGAAAGUUAUUUGUAAUUUAUGUUGACUUUAAUAAAAUCAUACUUUGAAACACAAAAUGGUAAGGUUAUCAAGAAAUUAUGGUAGCUGUCCUAGUGUAAUUGAGAGAAACUAAGCAAGAAAUUUACAGAUUGUCAAUGAAUAAAAAAUCUGAUUUGAGGAAUGUGUGAGAAAAUGGAGAAAAGUUUUGAGAACACUAAUGUGUUUUAUUUUGAGAACAACUGAAUUUGGAAUUUGGUAACAACCGAAGGAAGAGUGCUUCAGGCAUCUUUUAAAGAGAAGCUAAAAUUCUGCAACUUGUAUCCAUACUAUGUCCUAACUACUGUAAAAGAAAAAGUAAUUUAUUAGAGCCAGUGUCCUUCCAUUGAAAGCUUUAAUAAUGUCUGUAAGGAGGGAGGAAAAAACUAUGUAACUUUAUAACUGGCCAAAUUUUGUUAGUAUUAUAAUUUGUCUAGAAGAGGCUUGGCUUCAACUGGAAAGAAAAGGUCAGUGAAUUUUGUUGAAGUAGUUAAAGUAUAAUUGAUCUAGUAGGAGCGUAAAAUUAUUUCUAAUAGAAUCAUACUGCACUCCUACCAAAUAAACAGAAUUAUAUCUUAGGGAUUUUUGAUGGUGAGUUAGAUUGUAUUUGGCAUAGAAUUUGGAAAUGUAACUUGAAUGUAAAUAUGUUGCAAAGUGUUGAAUGUAUACAUAGAAAUACUUUUUCUGUCAAUGCCAAAUACCUAUCAUAAAUUAACCUUAAAAAGUACAUUCCUCCUUUGCACAAUAAAAUUUCUUUAUAAAACUCAUGAUUUUGCUUUUUCAGGCUAACAGUCUACCCUAAAGAUUAGGAGUCAUUUCCUUGUUAUCACAGGUGUCAAUAUUUUUCUGUAUUUUGUUUAUAAUUUUAUUUUUUAAAUAAAAAGUUUAUAAACUGGAA